AUGGCGGCCCCGCUGAAGAGACACGGCAUCUUGGCGGCUUGUAUUCUGCUUCUUGCAUGUACAGCAUGGAUAUCCUCACGGUUUAACAGCAGCGCCGCUUUUGAGCGGCCAAUACACUUCUCCAUCUUGACGCUCCUCGAAUCCGGUCUGCUCAUUGCAAUAUUGUGCAUACAGCUCUCGCCAUGGAAAAGCUCGAGCAGCAGCGGGUACCAUCUCGUAACCUUUUCAACCUCGAAGCAUGACUGGCAAAGACGACUCCAAGCCGGCAUCGAUGUCGCGCGCAACCCUCGCUUCUUGUUGUCGCCCUACUUCUUUCUAGGAUGCGCCCUUGUACUGCGAUCGCUGCUCUUCUGGCGCACCAUCCGCACGAUUCACUGCUCGUGGGAGAGCUUCGAGGUAUUUCUCCCAGCUCUCGUCGCCCUUUAUACGACGGCGUCUCCGUCCACAAUCCGACUCCAACAACACAAUGGCGACCAAGCCCGAUCCCGACGCUGCUGUAACGUUGCUCACUUGCGCUACCUCAUCAUCGCUAUCGUUUGGGCCUGCGCCACGAGGGCCACCCUCUCACUAUCGACACGAUCUGCCGGCGCGAUCUGUCCCGCAGGCUUCCUUCGCUGGGAAAGACAGAUUCCCCUGGCCCAGGUCGUCACAGUCAAUUUGGAUGCGCUGCUGCUCUUCGGCCUUUCGAAAUGGCGGCAGGACGCUGUGGACGAUGCACCGCAGGCUUGGAAGUUCGCGUCGAGGCUUUUUCUGGGAUCUGCAGGUGUACUGGCCUUGCUUGCCUGUUUCUCCCUCCACAAUCUUCAAAACAUACGAUGGGCGUUUGGGCUGCACUUUGUCGAAGUACGAGAUCUUUUGGCGGACAGCACGGUGGCGUCGCUUGGUGUGAUUUCGGGGUUUUAUGUCAUAAGUGACAUGCAUCCCAGCACGCUGGGGAUGAUUAUCACGGCUUCAGGUGUUUAUGCGCAUCAGCUCGUCCGCAUGCUGCAGGCAGUGGCGCCCAUGGACGGCUCUCUGCCCUACAUGAUAGCCAGCGGCCUUACGAUAGCAGGCGUCGGCCUCCUGUUGCGAUACGAAAAGGACAUCGCCAGCGCCUCUGGCUCGUCAUCAGGGGACCCACGGCUCAUCCGGUUUCUCAUGGGGUGGUACGUCGUCCUCGUCGGCUUCCUCUGCGGGACUUACCUCAUCUUCUAUCCCGAUUUUAACUCCACCGAUACUAUAUCCUUUCCCGAUCUCCUUUCUGCAGCCAAUACCCAAUCCGACGCCUGGAUCGCGCACGCGAAUCAGAGCUCCACCCUGGUGAGCGCGGUGAACGAAUAUCAACGGCGUUAUGGUGUGGCACCGCCUCCCAAUUUUGACAAGUGGUUCGAGUACGCUGUCGCCAACGGCUCGCCCAUUAUCGACGAUUUUACUCAGAUCAACGACGAUCUACUCCCAUUUUGGGGUGUUGCGCCGGGCGUAUUGCGGGACCAUACGAAGCAUUCUUUGGAGGUGCCAUGGCUUGGGAUGGGAGGCAUUCGGGUUCGUGGGGGAAAGGUUGGUGUGGCUCCCGGCACGCCUGGGUCGCACAUGUGGAUGAUGCAUUCGAUGAAGAGUAUGAUUGAAGACUUUGCCGAGCAUCUGCCCAACAUGGACUUCGCCAUUAACCUGAACGACGAGCCUCGUGUGGCGAUUCCAUUCGAAGACAUGUUGAGGCUUCACAGCAUUGGCUCAGGACCGAGGACAAGGCUACUCCAUUUGAAGGACCGGAAGACGUUUGACGGAUCCAGGCCGGCAGUCUGGAGCGACGAAGACGCUGUCAGGGGACCCGAGGAGCGGUCUCCCCACUUCACCGACCGCAUCCGAGACCAGAUCUACUACGACUAUGUCGCUCCAGCCUGCCCGCCUGAUUCAGCCGCUCGAAACACAAGAUGGUGGAGCCGGAAGGAGGCGUGUCGCGGAUGCCUUCUACCCCACGCUAUCCGCGUCUUCGAAGCACUUGAGAAUCCCGUCGUGUCAAAUUGGACCUCGGCAACAGAUCUCUGCCACCAACCGGACUUGGCGUAUCUUCAUGGAUUUCUAGUGUCUCCUGCGCCGGCCCUUUUCACGAAAGAGGCAUUUCCCGUGUUCAGUCAAAGCAAGACUUCGGGGUUUGCCGAUAUUCUGGUGCCUUCGCCUUGGAAUUACGAUGACAAGGCUUCCUAUGAUGAAAACGAAGACAUGGAAUGGAGUCAGAAGAAGAACACCAUGUUCUGGAGGGGGUCGUCGUCGGACGGAUACGCAGCCUGGGGCUCGUGGCAGGGCUUCCUCAGGGCUCGGUUUGUCCAGGCUGCGAAUUCGAUAAUGAAGGUUCCCAAAUUUCAACAAGAUGGUCAGAGGCAAAUCUCAAGAUCGGAAGAUCUGCCAGAUUUUGACGUCGGCUUUGUGAGUAAAUGGUCCAAGUGCCACGCAGAUGACUGCCAGAGCGAAAAGGACACUUUCUGGGGUAUCGGACGGGACUCUCCAGACAAGCCCAAGGUCCCCUUCACCGAUCAUUGGAAGUACGCGCACCUGAUGGACCUCGACGGCGCGGGCUUCAGUGGACGUUUCAUUCCCUUCCUCCGCAGUAAGAGCCUCGUCUAUCGUUCCGGUCUAUUCCGGACUUGGUUUAAUGAAAGGGUCCACGCGUGGCGUCACUACGUCCCCGUCGAUGUGCGGCUCCACGAGCUUUGGGAUAUUCUGUUGUACUUUGGUACUGAUACAGAAGGCAAGAGGCGAGCAGAGGUCAUUGCUGAGGAAGGGAGGGCUUGGAGCCGCAAGGCGCUCCGGAGGGAGGACAUGCGUAUUUACAUGUUCCGGCUAUUGCUGGAAUGGGGACGACUUGUGGAUGAUGAGAGGGAAAAUCUUGGGUUUGCGGUUUGA